AUGUCUGAUACGCCUCUGGAUCUAUUAAAAUUGAAUUUAGACGAGCGAGUAUAUGUGAAAUUACGUGAUGCUCGUGAAUUAGUGGGUACUCUUCAGGCUUUCGACUCACAUUGUAAUAUUGUUCUUUCAGAUUCAAAGGAAACCAUUUAUGAACUAGUAGAAGGAGAUUUGAAAACGACCGAAAGGUUUUCGGAAAUGAUUUUCGUUAGAGGUGGUCUUGUGGCCCUUGUAACAACACCAGAAGAUGAAUGA